AUGCUGCUGAAGGCCGCGCUGCUGCUCUCGCUGCUGGCCGCCUGCCCAGCGUUUAUUGGGGCGCGGGGCACGGGGGCCGCGGGGCGGUCACUCGGGGCUCUCUCGUGCAGGAACCUGAAGGAGAGCGGUCAGGAUGGGCUCAGCUCCGUGGGGGGACUCCUGGAGAAGCUGUCCCCGCUGGGCAGGGGCCCGCAGCCCCCCCGGCCGGGGGAGGACCCGGGCAGCCUGCGCAAGGCGCUCCGCAGGGAGCUGGACAGCCUCCGCCUGCAGCUGUCCCCGUACGUGGACGAGGCGCACCGGCAGGUCGGCAGGCAGCUGGACGAGCUGCGGCAGCAGCUGCGGCCGCUGACGGAGGAGCUGCUGGACCAGGUGUCCCUGCGGGCCCGGGAGCUGCGGCGGCACCUGGUGCCCAGCCGGGAGGCGGCCGCGCAGCUCCUGGGCGGCGCCGACGAGCUGCAGCGCUUCGCGGCUCACUACGGCGACAAGAUCGCCUUCCACACGGAGCAGGUGAAGGACAUCUUCCAGCCGUACGCCGAGCGGCUGCUGAGCGAGAUCCACCGCAACGUGCAGGAGCUGCACCGCGGCGUGGCCCCGCACGCCCGCGCCAGCCCCGAGCGGCUCAACCGGCACAUCCAGGAGCUGUCGGCCAAGCUGGCCCGCAACGCGCGGGACCUGCACCGGCAGAUCCAGGGGAACCUGGAGCAGCUCAAGGCCAAGCUGAGCCUGUACCCCGGCGGGGCCGCGGCCGCCCCGGGCCGCUCCCGGGAGGCGCUGGCGCGGGAGGUGCAGCGGCGCGUGGAGGAGUUCCGGCGGGACACGUACGCGCAGAUCCAGGCCUUCACCCGGGCGCUGGACCAGGAGACCGAGCAGAUGCGGCUGAAGCUCAGCGCCCGCCCGGAGCCGCCCGAGGGGCCGCUGGACGCGCCGCCGCCGCCCGUGGAGGAUCUGCGCGCCCGACUGGACGCGCUGUGGCGGGAGCUGGCGCUGAGCCUGAGCGAGCGGGGCGGGGAGGGUCCCGGGGAAGGUCUCGGGGAGGAUCCCGGUGCGGAGCCCGGGCGGCUCCGGCGCUGA